GUCAUCUGGUAAUUACGUUAAAUGAGUAUAAUUUGGACUCAAUAUGCUGAACAUAUGACUUCUGAAAUUAAAGAUCUUUCCUCGUACUUCAUACGUUUUCAAACUUAAUGCUUAUGCCCAUUGUGAUAAUGAUAUAAAUAAUCAAAUUUGAAGUUAAUAUUAAACAAAAGAUUUGUGAAUGGUAAUCUUAACCAUCGGUCGCCAAUCAGCAUUAAGUGCUAAAAAAUUUAUCAAAAAAAAAAAAACAAUUAAUAAAAGGCUACAACAAUAAUUUUUUCAUAUAAAGUCAAAACAAAAUGGCCACUAAUAGAAAUAAUUGUGAGACAAGCAACAAUACUGCUGCUUUAUUAAUAAAUGAAUCCAAAGAUGAAGUCGAUUUUGUAUUGACCAAGUGCAACAAUAUUUACAAUAACAACAAUAUUGAUAAUAAUACUAAUUAUAACGCCAAUAAAGUAAGUACCAACAAAAAAGCAGACAAUAGAGUUUUGUUAAAUAGCGAAAAUGUGCCAAAAUCUGCCAAAAAUUCCACACAUAACAUACAAAAUUAUGUGCCAAAUACGCAAACAACAACAACAAUAAACAAUUCAACAAAAAAUAACAACAAUAAAACGAAAAGUGGUGAAAAUACGGAACUAAAGAAACAAACAACAAAAGAACGUUUGUCAUUAUUUUCAUUUAGUAGUAAAAAGAGUAAUCAAAAGGCUACUGCCUUUACUACUGCAACUGUAAGACCAACACCAACAGAAAAGGAAAAUGGUACACAAAACGCAUCCAUAAGUUGCACUCAAACAACACCAACAACUAAUGUGUACAGUGAACCGCCUGUACCAAUUGGCACACCACCGCGACAACACAAAUUUGUCAAAAGCUCUUCAAUUGCGCGUUUACUUGGCAACACUUACAAUGCCAAAAAAAUUGAAAAAGUUGAAAAAGAGGAGCAAAAACGACAAAACCGUGGCGAUGGUGCCAAAUUCAACACGUUUGGUGGACGGCGACGUAGCAACGGUGCCUACCUGGAGCGUUUCAAGAAAUACGCUAAGGAAGACGGUGAUGUGGUCGCAAAUGGUGUCAUAACAUUGACAACAGACUCUCGUGAUUUGUUUGGCGGUAGUCGCAAUGAAUUAGUAAGCGUAACGCAUGUGCAGGAGGAUCGCAAUGAAGAUUUGGGUGCCAAAGCCUUUCGUACCAUUUCACGUGGUUUGGGUAAAUUGUGGUUUAAACGCACACAUAGCGUAGAGAUCAGUUCACCAGAUCCAGAGUUUAAGGUGUCUUAUUUGGGCAACGUGCUUACUGGUUGGGCCAAAGGUGAAGGUUGUGUUGAGAAACAACUGAAUACACUUUGGCGAAACUAUACUCAAAACAAUAAACCAGAUGUUAUUAUGCGUAUUAAAGUUUGUGCUUCCGGCUUAAAAGCAACCACUAGACAACAUGGACUGACAGAAUAUUGGGCGAAUCGGAUUACACAUUGCUGUGCACCAAAAAAUUAUCCACGUGUAUUUUGUUGGGUAUAUCGGCACGAAGGACGCAAACUCAAGCAUGAAUUACGUUGUCAUGCAGUGCUAUGCAGCAAGGAGAAAGUUGUGCAAGAAUUAUGCAAUACUCUAAAGGAAAACUUAGAGAGCGCUCUACGUGAAUUUAAACGUGAAAAAAUUCUUAAGCAGAAUGCUCGUCUCAGUCUUGCUAAUGCAGCUUAUGAUAAUCCAAGUUUGCCGCGCCGCAAAAUACUUUUAAGUGUCGGUGGUAACAAUUAUCGGCCACCAUUGGAACGUUCCAAAUCUGCACCAAAGUUGAUGGCGAUUGAAGAAGCUAUUGGUGAGGAAGAUGGCGAUGAGAUUGAAGAGACAAAUGAACCGGAAAUGAAAUCAUGUUGUCAGAAGGAUUCGCUUUACCCAGCCAUGACAUUAGGGCGCCGUCGCUGUCGACGUGGACACUCUAUUAGACGCACAGGUAAAGUAAGAUCGACAUAUAAUGACUUGGUGGAACAUGAACAUGGCAGCGGCUGCUGUAAAAAUACCAAAGAAAUCAACACAUCAACUAUCACAAAUGCUAAUGCUAAUGCUACAAGUACAACAAGUACAACAGUAAAUGAACAACUGUUUAAUGUUUAUUAUGUUGUCAUUCCGUGUUAG